GCCCUCCCCUCCGGCUGCGGGAAAAGUGGCCGCGGGCGCCGCUGCUCAGUGUGGGGCGGGCGGGCGCGGCCGAGGCGCGGCGGGCGACGAGAUGCGAGCGCGGCCGCUCUGGACCGCGGCGCUGGUGCUGGCGGCGCUGACGGGCGAGGCCGUCGGAGGGCCCAACAUCUGUGCCACACGAGGAGUGAGCUCCUGCCAGCAGUGUCUGGCUGUGAGUCCUAUGUGUGCCUGGUGCUCAGAUGAGGCCCUGCCUGUGGGGUCGCCCCGCUGUAACCUGAAGGAGAGUUUGCUGAAGGAUAACUGUCCCCUGGAGUCCAUCGAGUUCCCCAUCAGUGAGGCCAGCAUCCUGGAGGCCAGGCCCCUCAGCGACAAGGGCUCUGGAGACAGCUCCCAGAUUACUCAAGUCAGUCCCCAGAGGAUUGCGCUCCGGCUCCGGCCAGAUGACUCGAAGAAUUUCUCCGUCCAAGUCCGGCAGGUGGAGGACUACCCUGUGGACAUCUAUUACUUGAUGGACUUGUCUUACUCCAUGAAGGAUGAUCUGCGGAACAUCCAGAACCUGGGUACCCAGCUGGCCUCCCAGAUGCGUGAGCUCACCAGUAACCUGCGGAUUGGCUUUGGGGCUUUUGUGGACAAGCCCGUGUCACCAUACAUGUACAUCUCCCCCCAAGAGGCCGUCAAAAACCCCUGCUAUGAUAUGAAGACCACCUGUUUGCCCAUGUUUGGCUACAAACAUGUGCUGACGCUAACGGACCAGGUGACCCGCUUCAAUGAGGAGGUGAAGAAGCAGAGUGUGUCACGGAACCGAGAUGCCCCAGAGGGUGGCUUUGAUGCCAUCAUGCAGGCCACAGUGUGUGAUGAGAAGAUUGGCUGGAGGAAUGAUGCUUCCCACUUGCUGGUGUUUACCACUGAUGCCAAGACCCAUAUAGCACUGGAUGGAAGGCUGGCAGGCAUUGUCCAGCCCAAUGAUGGGCAGUGUCAUGUUGGCAGUGACAACCAUUACUCCGCCUCUACUACCAUGGAUUAUCCAUCCCUAGGGCUGAUGACUGAGAAGCUAUCCCAGAAAAACAUCAAUUUGAUUUUUGCAGUGACUGAAAAUGUAGUCAGACUCUACCAGAACUACAGUGAGCUUAUCCCAGGGACCACAGUGGGGGUUCUGUCUACUGAUUCCAGUAAUGUCCUCCAGCUCAUUGUCGAUGCUUAUGGGAAAAUCCGCUCUCAAGUGGAGCUGGAAGUGCGUGACCUCCCUGAGGAAUUGUCUCUAUCCUUCAAUGCCACCUGUCUCAACAACGAGGUCAUCCCAGGUCUCAAGUCUUGUGUAGGACUCAAGAUCGGAGACACGGUGAGCUUCAGCAUUGAGGCCAAGGUGCGCGGCUGCCCCCAGGAGAAGGAGAAGUCCUUCACCAUCAAGCCCGUGGGCUUCAAAGACAGCCUUACUGUCCAGGUCACGUUCGACUGCGACUGUGCCUGCCAGGCCCAGGCCCAGCCGUACAGCCACCACUGCAACAACGGCAACGGGACGUUUGAGUGUGGGGUGUGCCGCUGCGCACCCGGCUGGCUGGGGUCCCAGUGCGAGUGCUCGGAGGAGGACUACCGCCCCUCCCAGCAGGACGAGUGCAGCCCCCGGGAUGGCCAGCCCAUCUGCAGCCAGCGGGGCGAGUGCCUCUGUGGCCAGUGCAUCUGCCACACCAGUGACUUUGGCAAGAUCACGGGCAAGUACUGUGAGUGUGACGACUUCUCCUGUGUCAGAUACAAGGGGGAGAUGUGCUCAGGCCACGGCCAGUGCAGCUGUGGGGACUGCCUGUGUGAUUCCGACUGGACCGGCUACUACUGCAACUGUACCACGCGCACGGACACCUGCAUGUCCAGCAACGGGCUGCUGUGCAGCGGCCGUGGCAACUGUGAAUGUGGCAUCUGUGUCUGCACCCAGCCAGGCUCCUACGGGGACACCUGUGAGAAGUGUCCCACCUGCCCUGACGCCUGCACCUUUAAGAAGGAGUGUGUGGAGUGUAAGAAGUUUGACCGGGGAGCCCUCUUCAAGGAAAAUACCUGCAACCGUUACUGUCGUGAUGAGAUUGAGUCUGUGAAGGAACUCAGGGACACUGGCAAGAAUGCGGUCAAUUGUACGUAUAAGAAUGAGGAAGACUGUGUCGUCAGAUUCCAGUACUAUGAAGACUCCAGUGGGAAGUCCGUUCUCUGCGUGGUAGAAGAACCAGAGUGUCCCAAGGGCCCUGAUAUCUUGGUGGUCCUGCUUUCGGUGAUGGGGGCCAUUCUGCUCAUCGGCCUUGCUACCCUGCUCAUCUGGAAGCUCCUCAUCACCAUCCAUGACCGGAAGGAGUUUGCUAAAUUUGAGGAGGAGCGAGCCAGAGCAAAGUGGGACACAGCCAACAACCCACUGUAUAAAGAGGCCACGUCCACCUUCACCAACAUCACCUACCGGGGCACUUAAUGACGAGCAGUCACCUGCAGAUCACUGUCAGACUCUUCCAGGACCGUGGGUGUCUCUGCAGUCGUGUUUACAGGGAAUGAUACCUGUGGGGCGGGCUGGGGGCUGGGAGUGGGUGGGUUGGAAGAAUGUCAGUAUGUGGGUCGCUGUGCACCUGUGUGUGUGUGUGUGCUGCGUGGCAGGGAAUGUGUCCCAGAUAAACAGAGUUCCUCAGCCUUUGUCCUCAACAUGCCUCCUUCAGGGAUCUUUCCUGCUUAACCCAAAGGUGGCCUGCGUAGCUGAGCAGGUGGUGUUCAGAACCUCAGUGGGCAGCUGGCUUUCCUUCUCGGGCCGUCCUCCCUGGAGCGAAGGGUAGGGAGUGUGACCCUGCCCUGAGUCUGUGGUUCUUGGGCCUGGCUCUCGGCUGCUGUGGCAGGAACUGCAGCCUUGUUGUGCCUUCUAGGCCUCAUCUCCUCUCCCCUCCCUCAGGCGGGAGGGGAAGUCAGGGGCGAGCUGGGCCAUCAGUGCUGCCUGGGCCUUUUGCCAUCACCUCAGCCCAGCACGAUUCUCUCAGGAGGGGAGGCCGUGCCACCUAAUUCUUGGGUCUGUUGGGAGGGAAGAUGUCACAGCCACCCAGUGGUCUUGCAUGGCCUGGAGGAAUGUGCCAGGUUCACCAGUUCAUGAUCAUGACCCUUCAGAUUUGCUUCUUUGGCAGCUUCCCCUAGAGGUUCGUUUAGAAGAAGUGUGUCAUCCUUAGACCACCACCUCUUUACCUCCUACUUCCACACUCUCCCUGCUAUAGGUAUUUGCUACAUACCGGGAAUUUCCCCAAUGACCAAAGGCUUUUCCUCCCAGGGAGUGUUGUGGUUAGAGGCAGAGGUCUGGCCCCACCCUCCAGACCUUCCCUGCCCCUUGUCCAAGGCACCUCCACACGCCCAUCUCUGUGCUUCUGGGUGCUAUUCCAUCCAUGGGGCUGAUUGUAUUUAUCUACCUCGUGGGUGUUUCAUGAAGGAGUCACUCCCAUGGGUCUCUGAGUGGCUGGGUGGAAUGAUGGGCCAGCCGUAACUGUACCGGAGGUCUGUUCUCCUAUGGGCCGUGCAACCUCAUUUUAACUCAGUCUUUAAUCUGAGAGGCCACAAGUGCAAUUUUAUUUUAUUUUUCUCAUAGGGGCUCCUGAAACUGUUUUUGAGGCUUGCUUAAUCUAAAGAACACAUAUAUAAACACACUGGCAUUAUAUUUGUAAUUUUAUUUGAUGAUGAAGAAGGACAGUGUAAAAAAAAACCACACUGACUCAGGCUGAAUAGAGACACCCCGACUUGGCACCAUUCAUAGCAAGUUACUGCUGAGUUGCUGGGUCUGCAAGGACUGCCUCGUCCUGAAAUCCUGUGGGGAUGGACCCCUGGGCCUGCUGAGCCUUUUCUGAGAAGGAGGGAAAGGGCUGUCUUUUUCUUAGCCGUAACAGUUACUCCAUUGGUGUUUACAUUAGUCCAAUAUUAAUAACCACUUCCCAUUCCCCAAGAAAAAGGGAAGGACCUAUAGACAAUGGUCAGAUGAUCAGAAAAUCUAAGUCCUGGCCUCAGUGUUGCAAGCUAAGGAACCUUUAACCUUAACUAAGGCAAGUCACUUUCUUUUCCCUGGGGCUUAAUUUUCUAGUCUGAAAAAUGAUGGACAAGUCAGUCUAGAAGGUCUCUCUUAAUAACAACAUUCUAAGUAAUGGGGUGUCCUUUGGUAUCACACAUGAAGUCAGGGUCCUAUGGGAUGCUGGUACUGUUUACUUUUUCAGUCAGGAACGCUGAGAAUCCUGGCUUUGGCAGGAGAAAAUGUCAUUCCCCAUCACCUUUCUCAGUGAAAAAGCCUCAUUUGGUCCUCUCUCAGAAUCCCUUCUCCAAUGUUUGUGAGCAGUUACAUCUUCUGAUGUAGGUUCCACUUAGUUAUUAUUUCUUCCACUUAGUUAUUAUUUCUUAGUUCAUUUUGCACAUAUUUGCAUCCAUGUAUUAGAGAAGGGGAGUCAAUCCAUGCAAGUAGCUGAAGUGUGUGUUCUGCACUCAUGUGUGAACACUGAGAAUAAGCCUUGGAAUUAGGGAUGGAGACUAAUGAGUGACUAAGCCCUGUCUCAGCCAUGGAUUGCCCUUUACUGUAGGGGAUGGUGAUGUCAGAGAGGAAUAAAUGGGAGAAGGAGGAAGGAGGGAUGAUAAUGAAUCCAAGAAGUUUAGACCCUAACCAUAACCUUCACAUAAUGAGACAAGGAUCCAUUAUAGUAGUAGCUGGAUAUUUUCCUGAAAUAAGAUGGUUUAUAUGAUGAAACUAUAUCAAAGGAGGAAGAACCUGAAUCCAAAGGAUGAAAAAAAUCAGUGAGAAUCUUGUCUGAACUUCUGGAAUGCGGUUCCUAGGCCUUGAAGACCAGUACUGUUUGUCUACAUGUGGGGAGAACCUGGAAUUGUGUUCAUGAGAUAGCAAAUGACAGUCAGUUUUGGCAUCAGGUAGGGUGGACAUCUAAAUAGUAUUUUGGCUUUAGACAACACAGCCCAAAGAGGUUAUUUGUGCCCAGUUCUUUUGGAGAUAAUUUAUGUUCAAUCUCAGGGUCUGUGGACAAUAAUGAGAAACUCUGAAACAUCCCUGACAAGUUGUCGAUAAGGAGUCUGUUCUUUACCUCUCAGAUAUGCCUAGACUAUCCAUGAUUUCAAGAUACUUCUUGUUUAAUAUUCCUGGUUGAAAUUACUUAAGUGCCUUUUUAUUUCCUAACCAUCUCCUCUGUUGGACUUGUGCAACCCGUGAAUUAAAUAUGCUUUCCAAAAAGACUUGGCCUAAGGCU